AUGGACACUCAAGGGGCGAAGAAGGGACGCAAGGUGUGCGUAAACUGCUCCAUAUCCUGCGCGUUUGCGGUGCUGGUCUGCUUCUUGCACUCGGCAUGCGCACAGAUCCGCUACUCCAUCCCGGAGGAGCUGGAACACGGCGCCUUUGUGGGGAAUAUAGCGGAGGACUUGGGUUUGGAUCUGGAUAAACUCUCUGCGCGAAGAUUCCGCAUCGUGUCCGGCGCAAGGAGGCAGUACGUGGAGGUCAAUCUGGAAAAUGGAGUCUUAUUUGUGAACGAGAGGCUCGAUCGGGAAGAACUGUGCGAGCAGAGUUUGGCGUGUUCUUUCCAUUUGCAAGUGGUGAUCGAAAACCCGCUGGAGCUGUAUAGAGUCGAGGUCGAAAUUCUGGACGUGAAUGACAACUCUCCUAGCUUCCCGUGGGGCGAAUUUAAUCUGGACAUUUCGGAAUCCGCGGCACCGGGGUCCCGUUUCCCACUGGAGAGCGCGCAAGACUUGGACGUGGGUUCCAAUUCGUUGCGCACUUACUUGCUGAGCGUCAAUGAGCAUUUCACUUUGGACAUCCACACAAGAAGUGAUGGCAGUAAAUUCGCCGAGCUCGUCCUGCAGAACCCGUUGGACCGGGAACAGCAGAGCGCUCACCAGAUGGUUCUGACAGCGGUGGACGGAGGCUCGCCAGAGAGGUCUGGAACGGCGCAAAUUGACAUCACCGUUUUGGAUGCAAACGAUAACGCGCCUGUCUUCGACCAGUCUUUCUAUCGCGUGCGCCUGGCGGAGAACGCACUCAAGGGUGCAGUUGUCAUCAAGCUCAACGCGUCCGACUUAGACGAGGGCACCAACGCGGACAUCAGCUACUCUUUCAGCGGGCACGCCCCCAUCAAAGUGCGCCAGCUCUUCGCGGUGGACGCGCGCACCGGGGAAAUCAAAGUGAAGGGGCUGAUCGAUUUUGAAAAAGCAAGGAUGCAUGAAAUUUACAUCCAGGCAAAGGACAAAGGUCCUUCCGCUGUCGCGGUGCACUGCAAGGUGCUGGUGAACGUCUUGGACCGGAACGACAACGUCCCAGAGGUGAUCCUAACGUCCGUGUCCACGCCUGUGCAGGAGGACGCGCCCCCGGGCACCGUCAUUGCCGUCAUCAGCGUCACAGACAAGGACUCGGGGGAAAACGGCAACGUGGACUGUGAGAUCCCAAAUCUGAUCCCCUUCCAGCUCCACUCCUCCUUUAAAAACUACUACACGUUGGUGACCAGUGACUUUCUGGACAGGGAAAGCGUGGCAGAGUACAACAUCACUCUCACCGCAAGAGAUUUGGGGUCUCCGCCUCUGUUUACGAGGAAGACGAUUGUUGUGCAAGUUUCUGAUGUGAAUGACAAUGCCCCUCUCUUCAAGCAACCUUCUUAUUCUGUCUACUUGACUGAGAAUAAUGCACCCGGGGCCUCCAUCUGCUCGGUGACGGCACAGGACCCGGACUAUGGGCAGAACGCAUAUCUCUCUUACUCUAUAGUAGAAGCCGACAUACAGGAAAUGCCCGCCUCGACCUACGUCUCCAUCAAUUCCGAUAAUGGGAACGUUUAUGCCCUCAGGUCGUUUGACCAUGAGCAGUUAAAAAGUUUUCAAAUCACAGUGCAAGCUCAAGAUGCCGGAUUCCCGCCGUUGACCGGCAACGUUACGGUGACCGUCUUUAUUUUGGACCAAAAUGACAACGCGCCCAUCAUCGUGUCGCCUCUCCCUCAAAACGGGACGCCGCCGACUGAAACGGUGCCGAGAUCCGCUGAUGCCGGCUACCUGAUCACCAAAAUACGAGCGGUGGACGCAGACGCGGGUCAGAACUCGCGCCUCUUCUUCCAAAUGCUCCAAGCAACUGAUCCGAGCUUGUGCAGUGUGGCUUUGUACACGGGGGAAAUUAGGACAGUACGACAUUUAGUGGAGAAAGACCCCACGAGGCACAGAUUGGUCAUUCUGGUGAAGGACAAUGGCCAACUACCCCUCUCGGCCACAGUUUCCAUCAUUCUGUCAGUGGUUGACAGCCUGCCAGAAUCUCAGGCCGAUUCGGGUGACCUGUCCCUGAGCCCCCGUCACAGCUCCAACUUUAGCCUCUACUUAAUCGUGUCCCUCGGCACUGUCUCCUUAACGUUUCUGGUGGCUAUCAUCGUCAUUGUUACUGUGAGGAGGCUGAAGGACGGAGCGUCCCGGAAAGAGUCCAACUUGCACUCCACCGGCGUGCGGUGCUGUUGUUGUCGCUCGGCAUCGCCCGGAGGCACCAACGUCUUCAAAAAGUCCAAUUUGAACAUCAGAACGUCGGCGGACCCGGUCGGGUGCGCCGAGGCCAGCGGUAAUAGCGCGCUCCCUCAAGCUUACUGCUACAAGAUGUGCCUGACGCCAGAAUCCUCCAAAAGCGACUUCAUGUUCCUCAAGCCCUACAGUCCCAUCCUGUCUGCUCGGCAGAAUAAUGCCAAAAGCGCAGACUACCUGACAUCUGGUUGGAGCGCACUGGGCCAUAAUGAGCUGGCCAACAACCGAACGUCAACCCCCAAAGAGCUUAAGUAUUCCAGUCAGGACUGGACCUGGACCAAGAACCAACGCAAUUCAUCAUACAAGAGGUACAGUUCCGGAAAUGUGGAAUGCACAUUAUCCCGUCCACAGCAGUACGACGCUGAUGAGUAUUUCAGCUCUGCGGCACCGCAGUACUGGACCUGGGGAAAACAAAUGAGUGAAUGCAAAACGUCUCUUCAAGACAAAACCAACGUCAUUUGUACUCCAAAGUACUCGCAGCCUCAGUCCGAGGCAGCGGGCUAUCAGCACAAUGUGUACAUUCCCUCCGAUACACCGGACUACCAGCACAAUGUGUACAUUCCUGGCAGCAUAUCUGGCUACAGCACACUCAAGCUUGCACCGCGGGGGGAGCUGGACGUCUACAACACCUUUUCUACUUUUGGGAAGAAAAAGAAAAUGACCUCUAAAUAUGAACAGUCUUCUGACAAAGAUGAUGGCCUCAUGAGCCGUGGUGUUCUGAAAUAA